UCUUUAUUUACUCCUUUUCUCCAGGGUUUUUUCUCCUAGUUUCCAAUAUGUAUCCCUGUAUUUUUUUAAUGUUCUCGGCUAACUUUUGUUUUGUGCAUUAUUGUAUUCAAUUUAUUUGCCUCAGUACGCUUUUUAUGUGCGUUUUGAUAAGCUCAUGCGAAAUGGAACAGCUUUCAAAAAGUGCCAAAUCAGUAACUUCUUAUCAGGAAACCCAACUUAGUGAUGUUCAACUGGAACAGCACUGCAAACUUGUUUCAUAAGUUGGGACAACAUGGGGUUGUAUGUAGGGCUUGCUGUGCAGUUCCUGAUUCUCAGCCACAUUCUUCUCCUCUCUGAGUCUUUGCCGGGAAAGGAGAUGGAGUUUUUGAUUCGACACACGUGGGACAGUGAUCCUGUAACUCAUAAGCCUAUUCGGCUUGCCUUCUCUCCCGGGGAAGGGGGGCUAAAGAUGCAAGUGUUUGCACCAUUCUUUAAUGAUCCAGAGGCUCCUCCAGGGCAACCUGGUCAGCCUUUUCCUGGACUCUGGGACUAUGAAGUUGUGGAGUCGUUCUUUCUGGAUAGCACAAAGGAAAAUUACCUUGAGGUGGAGGUUUGUCCGCACGGACAGCACCUGGUGUUACUGCUCUCAGGAGUCGGCCAUGCUUUCAUGCAACAGCUUCCUUUGGUCUUCAACGCAAAUAUCACCGGAGACAAGUGGGUCGGCGAGGCUCAGCUUCCCUGGUCGUACUUCCCUCCCAACGUCAAUAAGAUGAACUCGUAUGCAAUUCACGGCUCUGGUGAGAAGAGAACCUAUGAGGCUCUCUACCCCAUUCCCAAGGAGGACAUAGUGGAUGGUCAAAAACCAAACUUCCACCGCCUGGAGUAUUUCCAAAAAUUCCGCUUGCAAAGUAUCAUGGGAGAAGACUGGGUGCAGCCAGAGUCUGAUCUUUGGAAAGGAAAGCUGUGAGCUUUUCUCAAAUACUUAGUGAAGCCCUCCGUAAAAACAGAUUUGUAUCCAGAUGUCUGCAGAGACACACAUGCUCAUGUUUACACACACAAGCUGGAGACCAGGUCUACAAAUGGACAAAGAUGGAGAUGGAAAGAUGAGUAUUCUGUAUUGUUUGAUUUGUGGAGGUGUAGGAAAUAGAACAGGUUAUAGGCUCAUCACAGCGCCAAGGUGUCAUUGACUCGCACUCACAGAAGGGGAAUCUUAAUACUGUUAAUCAUGUAAUAAAAACACCUACCAUGCUUGACUUCACCUCCAACUCCCACAACGGUGACAUACAGUAUUUCAUUUGAAUAAAGAAAAAAAAGACACGUGCAAUAUCACAGUGCGCACACACACACACCACUGGAGGGAAAUAUUGGUUUCGCACCGAUGCGUCGACUCAUUCUGACCCUGGAUAAUAAUGGAUUCUUCAGCCAUCCUUCCAGAGUCGCUUGUUUAUUGCCAUUCUUCAAAAAAAUGUGCACAAUUUAUUUUUCUGUUCCCAUAUCAUAAUUGAUCGUGCCGGUGAACUUUCUUUAUCAAUUAAAUAAAUUGAUCUGUAAUGCGUUUUUGCUAUUCCCAAGGCUGAGGCGGCAGCCGAUGUGUGAGAUUAGAAAUGGCUAAAUGGAAACAACGCAAUGAUUUGAAAAGAUUGUUUUACAUGUGAACAAUAUUAUAGAGACAAAGAGGAUGAGCAUUGCUGAUUGAAAACAGGUGCAGUUGGCUCAUUUAAAUGGGCUCAUUUAAAUGAGGAAAAUGAAGCUCCAUGAAGUGUUGUCUUUAUUUUUUGACUUUAUUUUCUCAGUUUUGGGCUUUGAAGUACUUUUUUUUUUUUUUGCUUGUUUUAAUUCUUAUUUUUAGUGAAUCACAAUCCUGCCGUUUGAAUCUAAUUUAAACCUGUUUCGUUUUGCACGCAGCAAAGUCAAUGACGACCAGAGCGUCCCUUCGAAGUGCCUGCAACCUGAGUGGGAUUUUUAUUGUCAUCUGUAUAAAUAGUAAUAUUAGUAGCACGACCUUGGAACUUAAAUGCUCAAACAAUGGAAGAAUACAGUUUCAAGAAAACAUUGCCUAAACUUGAUGCCGCUCUUGCUUAGGAAGUUAUGUGAGGUUUCAUUGAGUUAGUAGUCUAAACAUUUUACAGCAGACAGUGACAUCUGGUCUGAAAGUCAGGACACUAGUGAUGUGUCAAUGAGGUUUCAUGACACAGUAUUGGGUUGAUGAGGUUUCAUGAAACAGUCUCCUGGUUUUGAGAGUCCUCCAGAUGGCACUGUCUGCUGUGAAACGGUUGGACUUGAACAACUAAUUCAAUGAAACCUCACAUCAUUUCUAGUGUCAAGUGUCAAGGAGGACAGUAGGACACUGUUUCAUUAACCCUGCAAACUCUUGACUGCUGUGUAUCCAAUGCAAUGGCUGCAACAGAGAUGGACCAUGCUACGGUGGUGUGAGGCAACUGUCACUGCUUUUAUUUUGUCUCUUGAUUCCCGUUUUGUGUCUCCCUCCUUCCUUCCUGUUUUGUGGCACACGUCUGGAGCCAAUCAUCCACUGAUCACCUGAGUAUAAAAACACCUGGACUCCAGCAACAUGUGCCAGAUCGUCUCCUCUUGUUCCUGUGGUAAAUUGUCUCUCCUUGUUCAUUCACUCUCUGCGCGCUUGUUUGCUUAUUUUGAUGACUCUUUCUGCAAACCGGGUGCCUUAGUUCGUGUUUUGUUCCUUCCUCUGUUUCCACAUUUUUCCUGGUUUGUUCUGUGAUUUACUAUUUCUGUUCAUUGCGUUUUUGUCUCUCUGUUAUAGAUUUAAGUUUGUUUGAUUCUCCCGGUUCGGUGACUCUUUCUGUUCUGGUUUUAUUGUUGCGAA